UAAAAAUGUGGGCUCUUGUUUUAGGGUGUAGCUGUUAGAGACGGACCGCAUGUCCGUCUAAACAUGAAUUAACUUCUGUUGGAGGUAUUCUUUAGUUUUUCUGUUCCAGAUGGAGAUUUUUGGAAGCACAUUUGACGACUCUGUGUUUUCAGAGGUCAGAGACCGAGUAUGUGAGUCUCUGACUUCUUAUAAUCCCAAGAUGUGUGAGGCAGAGUGGUUUUGUGAAAGUGUCGCUUUGGAAACAGACGAUCCGAUAGAGACACAGAAAGUCUACAAGUUCAGAGGAGAUCUGGCUUUGAGAAAAGGAAACUAUCAGCAAGCUUUAGAAGCCUACAGCAGCUGCCUGCAGUGGAUUGCUGACAACAACCUGACCAUCAGGCGGGAUGUGCUGGAGGGAAUGGCUCGAUGCUGCACCAGACUGGGACAGAGAGACCGAGCUCUGGACUUGGUUGAUUUACUGAGCAAAGAAGCCUCAAACACCUGUCACCUGACCAGUCUGCUGCUGCUAAAGGUCAGCAUACAUCAGCAUUUUGGGGCUGUGAGAUCAGAGAUAUCCUGUCUGCAGCAGCUGUGCAGCCUGCUGCCCUUCAACCCUUGGCACUGGCUAAGCUUAGGACAGGUGUGUUUGCAGCUGCUUGACUCCAACCCAGUCCCAGGUAAGCAUAGUCCUCAUUACUUCUCUGAUGGACUUUUCUGUGUUGUUAUACUGAGUUGUAAUCUAUUUGCAGCGGUGGAGGGGCUGCAUGCAGAGAUUGAGGAGGAAGAGGAGCUCCACAAGGAUUGGAUCUGGCUCAAAGCUUGCAUCAGUUUAAUCAGGACGAGAUUACUCUUAAGAAUCCUUCGGCAGCAGCAGUCCUCUUUCGUCCUGCAUCGCAGUGAAAAGACGUUAGAGAUCACAGAGGAGGCGUUACAGCGCUUAAACCCUAAAGAAAAAAGUCUUCAGGCUCUUACUGAGGUGAUGUCAGAGGAUCUGAUCCCAGAGAAGAUGAGGGAGGACUUCCAGGACGGCGAGAGCCUGUCCAGCGUGUGCUUGCAGAGCUUCAGAGAGCGGUGGUGGAGCAAGGUGCUCCUGGCGUGUGCUGGAGACCAAAACGGGGAACAAAAAGCCACAGUACUGCAGUGAUUGAUGUCACACAUGUUUGAUGUUUCAAUGUCACACAUGUUUCACAUGUUUCAUGUUUCAAUUAAUAUUUGAACAUUUUGAAAUAUUUAAACUAAAAUGGUUUCUUGUAAUGUGUAAGUGCAUAAAGAGAAUUGUACAUGUUGUAUUUUGAAUAUAUAUAUUUUUAAACUCUCUUUAUUUUUCUUUAAAUAAAAAAUUGAAACAUU